AGUUAACGGCGUCUAAGGCCCCUCUCUCUCUCUCUAUCUCUCGAUACGCGUCCCUUUGAAAUGCUUACAGAGCUCCCCUGCUUCUCUUCUCUAUACCAGAAAGCUUCCAAUGGCUGUUUCCACCAUGAGAAUUCUCUUCCUUUCUUCUCUUCUUCUUCUUCAUCUUCUUUCUUCUUCUUCUUCUUCUUCAUCGUUGAUCUUUUCACGUAAUUCGUCUCUAAGCAAACAAGCUUCCAUCUUGAUUUCUCUCAAGAAAUCUUUCACAUCAUCUCAUCCAUCGUUGGACGCCUGGAAUGAAUCGAAUUACAUGUCCCUCUGCUCCUGGCCCGCAAUCCAAUGCGAUAGCACCAACACCCUCAUAGUCACCAUCGACAUAUCAAAUUCCAACAUCUCCGGCGUCAUCUCUCCCGAAAUAACCAAUCUCAGAACCCUUCAAAACCUCUCCGUCGCCGGCAACAAUCUGUUCGGCGAAUUCCCUCCCGAUAUUCAAAAGCUGACAAGCCUUAGAUUCCUAAACAUCUCCAACAACCAGUUCAAUGGCAGCUUGGACUGGAACUUCUCCCAAUUGAAAGAGCUCGAGGUCUUGGAUGCUUACAACAACGACUUCUCCGGAUUCCUUCCCACAGCCAUUUCCAUGCUUCCCGAAUUGAAGCGUUUGGAUUUCGGCGGGAAUUACUUCUCCGGGAGGAUACCAUCGAGCUAUGGCAGUUUGCAGCAGCUGAACUAUCUCUCACUUGCCGGAAACGAUUUGGGCGGUUUUAUACCAGCAGAGCUUGGUAAUCUAACCAAUCUAAAACAGCUCUACUUGGGGUAUUUCAAUGAAUUUAAUGGAGGAAUCCCACCUGAGUUAGGAAACCUCAUCAAUCUAGUUCAUCUUGAUAUGUCGAGCUGCGGUCUUGAAGGUCAUGUCCCGGCCGAACUAGGCCGUCUGAAGAAACUGGACACUCUGUUCCUACAGACGAAUCAGCUCAGCGGAACAAUCCCACCUCAGUUUGGGAACUUGAGCAGCUUGAAAUCUCUUGAUCUCUCCAACAACAUGCUCACCGGCGAUAUCCCCAUCGAGUUCUCAGAGCUGCAGGAGCUCUCCCUCUUGCAUCUCUUCAUCAACCGCCUUCAUGGGGAGAUCCCAUGGUUAGUUGCAGAUCUCCCCAAUUUGGAGGUCUUGAAACUUUGGCAGAAUAACUUCACUGGCGUAAUUCCUCCUAAGCUCGGACAGAACGGCAAGCUGACAGAACUCGAUCUUUCUACUAAUAGGCUGACGGGUCUGGUUCCUCGGUCCCUAUGCUCAGGAAGAAAGCUGAAGAUCUUGAUUUUGCUCGACAACUUCCUGUUUGGGCCUCUGCCUAGUGAUCUUGGAGAGUGCGUAACGCUUUCCAGAGUUCGAUUGGGUCAGAACUACUUGACUGGUUCGAUCCCAAACGGGUUUCUUUACUUGCCGGAACUGUCACUGGUAGAAUUGCAGAACAAUUACAUUACAGGACGAAUUGGGGAAGAACCAAAUAAGGUUCCAGCGAAACUAGGCCGGCUGAAUCUGUCAAACAAUCGUCUUUUCGGUCGUCUGCCAUCUUCCAUCGGAAACUUCUCCAGCUUGCAGAUUCUUCUUCUUGGCGGAAACCAAUUUGCGGGGGAGCUUCCUUCCGAAUUAGGCCUUCUGAAGCAUGUAUUGAAGUUGGAUUUGAGCAGAAAUAACUUCACUGGUAGAAUCCCACCUGAGAUUGGAGACUGCUCUUUACUGACUUACCUUGAUUUGAGCCAAAACCAGCUCGACGGCCCGCUUCCAGUCCGAAUAGCUCAAAUUCGAAUACUCAAUUACUUCAACGUCUCUUGGAACCGAUUAAACCAGAGCAUUCCGAAGGAAAUUGGAAGUGUCAAGAGCCUAACAUCAGCAGAUUUUUCACACAAUAACUUCUCCGGUCAGGUACCCGAAACAGGACAGUUCGAAUACUUCAACACAACAUCAUUCACAGGUAAUCCUCUGUUAUGCGGGUCCCACUUGAAACCAUGCAAUUACUCAUCUACAUCGACAAUGCAUGAUUCCGACAAGCAAAGCAGCAUCAAAUCCCAAAUUCCCGCCAAAUACAAGCUAUUAUUCGCAUUGGGACUCUUAACUUGCUCAUUGGCAUUUUCUAUGGCGGUGAUCUUCAAGGCCCGUUUGUCAGCCAGGAAGAAGAAUUUGAAGCCAUGGAAGCUGACGGCAUUUCAGAAGCUGGAAUUCGGCAGUGACGACAUAGUAGAGUGCCUGAAAGACAACAACAUUAUAGGGAGAGGAGGAGCCGGGAUCGUCUACAGAGGAACGAUGCCAACAGGAGAGCAGAUAGCAGUGAAGAGGCUGUUGGGGAUAAGCAAAGGGUCUUCUCACGACAACGGAUUCUCUGCUGAAAUUCAAACACUGGGGCGAAUCCGGCACCGGAACAUAGUCCGUCUGAUUGCAUUCUGUUCGAACAAAGACACCAAACUGCUCGUCUACGAAUACAUGCCGAAUGGGAGCUUGGGUGAAGUUCUUCAUGGGAAGAGAGGAGGGUGUUUGAAGUGGGACGUUCGGUUGAAGAUAGCUAUGGAAGCGGCCAAAGGCCUCUGUUAUCUGCAUCAUGACUGUAGUCCUUUGAUUCUCCAUCGAGACGUGAAGUCGAACAACAUCUUGUUAGAUGCUGAUUUGGAGGCCCAUGUCGCCGAUUUCGGAUUAGCCAAGUUCUUGCAGGACACCGGGACGUCGGAAUGCAUGUCUGCCAUCGCCGGAUCCUAUGGUUACAUCGCUCCCGAAUAUGCAUACACAUUGAAAGUGGAUGAGAAAAGCGACGUCUACAGCUUUGGUGUAGUCCUCUUGGAGCUGAUAACAGGCCGCAGACCAGUCGGUGGAUUCGGAGAAGAAGGGAUAGACAUUGUCCAGUGGGCCAAGAUGACCACGAACUGGACCAAAGAAGGAGUAAUCAAGAUCUUAGAUGAACGGUUGAUCAACGUUCCGUUAGACGAAGCCAUGCAACUGUUCUUCGUAGCCAUGCUUUGUGUCCAGGAGCACAGCAUGGAGCGGCCCACCAUGAGAGAUGUUGUUCAGAUGCUUGCACAAGCAAAGCAAUCACAUCCAUUCAGUGUGACCUGAUAUCCAUAUUAAAAGACCUCAAUCUCCUAUAUUCUAGAGUAUAGACACAUCUGAGCCGUUGGAUCAUUUAGUCAUGUGAGAUUUGGUCGAGUUUUUAUAUGUAAUUUUUGUUUAAUGAACACAUGGUCUCUGGUCAUUGCUCAAGCACGAGGGAGGAGCGGUACCUCACGGGCGCAAUGUAGCACGUACCGUUGCUUGUAUCUGAAGGGCUAUUUUGGUAAUUAUAACUGGUUAUGGGGUUGUUGUUGUAAUUCGGGGACGUGCAGAUAUGAAUAGAAGGACUGUACUUAGUACCCGUUGACCGA